AUAUAUAAAUAACUUUCUCUCUCUAAAUCCUGUUUUCUGAAGUAUUUUAUUCUCUGUGUUUUUUUCCUAAACGUGCACAAACGCGCUGAAAGUCUCUCUGCAUCAUCAAAAAACAGGUUUUUCUUCCCUCACAACCUCUUUCUUUGUGUCUGUCUGUCUGUUUUUAUGUCUGUCUGUUUGUGUAUAUCUAUGUAUAUGUCUGUCUUCUCAUCUCAUUUAAAUCUGUUGUGUUAUUGGUGGUUUUAGUUAUAUUGGGUUGCCUAAUAUUUCACUGAUUUUUGUGUUUUUUAUUUUAUUUUUCAGCUAUGUACUCAGCUGUGUUGGUAUGUGAUAUUUUAAUCCAUUGCAUAUAUUUUGAGAUUCUUUUGGUGGAAUAAUUUGAAGCCUUGAUUUUCUGAUCUGGGUUUUGUUUCAUUAACGUUUAUUUUUGCUUCUUUUGUUUUUUUUUUUCAUACAGAUUUUUUUUCUUCUGAUUUGACGCAAUAAAUUAAUUUUCUAUGUAUAUUUUAGGUUGAAUAUGAAGUUUAUGAUUAGGGUUUGUUCCCUAAAAUAACAAGUUUCUUUUUUUAAAUAAAAGCUCGUCAUUAUCAAGGGAUUUAACUGGGAAAGAAUUUUUAUUAAAUUUUUAGUUCAUGGACAGCAAAGAAUUUGGAUAAUUUUUUUUUGUUCGAGUUUCUUGAUGUGCCAUACCUGUCUCUUGUAAUAUAUUCUAUUCUAUUUUAUCUCUCUUUCUCUAUCUCUAUCUCUAUCUCUAUUGCUUAUGCCUUUAGCCUAUGUAUAUUCAUAUUCUUGUUUGUCGGUUAUUGGUUACGAUUCUCGAGCUAGCUCCAAUUUCUUCUUUUUGCCUGUAAUUUAUAUAGCGGCCUUUGUUUAAUGUUUGGCUUUGAUUCAACAGCUAGUCUUUAAAGUCCAAAUUUUUGGAAUAGUUUUGAAGAGGGUCUUGAUCCAAAUAUCAACAUCUUGAUUGAAUAGCCACUCGCUAUUCCGUUCUGAUACAUGUAUCUGGUGAGUAAGGAGAUUUGCAACAUGAGAAAUAGUUGAUUGGAACCCAUGAUAUGGUUUGGUAAUGGGGUCCCUAAACAUGGAGAAGAAGUGGAUAUUUCCCCUUGUCAUAAGCUCUCUCAUAUGCAUAUUCCUUCUGGCCACUACCUUCAACAUGGGUCUUGUUUUUUCACUACACACAAUCAAUUCAAUCAUUUCAAUUUUUCCUUCUCGCAUAGCUACAAAUCAAUCAAGCUCGGUUUUUGCUGAAUCAAAGGUUACACAAUCUCCACCCCCUCCUGCUGGCCCAACGAUUCCUCGUUUCGCUUAUUUGAUUUCUGGGUCAAAAGGUGAUUUGGAUAAGCUUUGGAGAACUCUUCAUGCUCUAUAUCAUCCACGGAACCAAUAUGUUGUUCAUUUGGAUCUUGAGUCACAGGCAGAGGAGAGGUUGGAACUUGCCUCCCGAGUGGAGAAAGAGCCAAUUUUUAUUGAGGUUGGGAAUGUUUACAUGAUUACCAAAGCUAAUAUGGUCACUUACAGAGGACCCACCAUGGUUGCUCAUACUCUUCAUGCUUGUGCCAUUCUUCUCAAGAGGAAUAAGGAUUGGGAUUGGUUUAUCAAUCUUAGUGCCUCUGAUUAUCCUCUUGUGACACAAGAUGAUCUUCUUUACACGUUUUCGAAUUUAGAUCGAAACCUGAAUUUCAUUGAGCACACAAGCCAGCUAGGAUGGAAAGAGGACAAACGUGCAAUGCCUUUGAUGGUAGAUCCUGGACUAUACAAGACAACCAAAUCAGAUAUCUUCUGGGUCAAUCCUCGGAGAACUUUGCCAACAGCUUUUAAAUUAUUUACAGGUUCAGCAUGGAUGGUUCUGUCACGUUCAUUCGUAGAGUAUUGCAUCUGGGGUUGGGAUAAUUUACCUAGGACCCUUCUCAUGUACUACACAAACUUCGUGUCUUCCCCUGAGGGCUACUUUCAGACUGUCGUUUGCAAUGUGCCUGAGUUUGCUAAGACUGCAGUCAACCAUGACUUGCACUACAUUUCUUGGGACAACCCCCCCAGACAGCACCCUCACACCCUUACCCUUAAUGACACAAGCAAGAUGAUUGCUAGCAGUGCUGCAUUUGGUCGAAAAUUCAAAACAGAUGACCCAGUCCUGGACAGAAUUGAUAAGGAUCUAUUGAAGCGGAAGAAUGGGAGCUUCACCCCAGGUGCUUGGUGCUCUGGCAACCCGAAAUGUUCCAAGGUUGGGAACGUGAACAAGCUCAAACCAGGCAAGGGAGCUCAAAGGCUUCACCGCCUUGUAACUAGGUUAACAUUGGCAGCUAAGUUGGGGAAAAAUCAGUGUAAAUAGAUUUUGUGGAACUUUCUUGCUUGUGGAUGGGAAAAGAUUUUAAAGAAGAAAAGAUAAUAAUAAGAAAGAAGAUCUAUUUACAGGCACAACAGUUGAAUGGAAAUUUCUACUGAGGGGAAGAUUUCUGAGGCUGUAAGUGCAGUUAUGGACUCAUUCUUGUUAAACUUGAGGGCAUGUUAGUGUAGGUAUGAGCAUAGCCAUUCAUUGUUGUCAUGGUCAGUCAAAGAUGACACCCAGUCAUCCUUCCUUUGGUAGGCUCUGAUUACGUUGGACAUGUAUACUUCUUUACCACAAAAAUUUUCUCAAUAUUUUUUCUCCAAUUCUCUAUGACACUUCUAAUCUUUUGGCUUCAUGAUAUUUGAGAUCUUCUUUUUGUUAGACUCCAGAAUUUGUAUCUGUAAUUUUUCUGGUAAUGGUCAGAAUUAGAAACUCAAUUAAUUACUAUAAAGAGAAACAUUCUACCGUGUUUCCCUUGGCAUUUUAAA